AUGUCCUUCGCCCGCCUCUCCGUCUUACUCUUCGCCUGUACCGUGGCUGUCCAAGCCGUGAGUGAUUUCAAAAUCAGCACGCAAGUUGCUCGCGAUGACUCUAGUUGGACAGACGACGAUGCAUUCCAGUCAGCUAUCCUCAACACUACCAACUCGUACAGAAGCGCACACGGUGCCGACUCGUUGACUUGGGACGACACCCUCGCUGCGUAUGCACUGAACCAUAGCCAGUCGUGCGUGUUUGAGCACAGUGGAGGGGACUACGGCGAGAACCUCGCUGCAGGAUACGAGUCACCAGAGGCUUCAGUCGAGGCUUGGGGUGACGAAGGGGAUUCCUAUAGCUGCAGUGACCCAGGGUUCUCAGACGAUACCGGUCACUUCACGCAGUUGGUGUGGAAGAGUACCACGACCGUUGGGUGUGCACGAGUUAACUGCGAUGGAACCAAUGAUACACCGGGGUGGUAUGUCACUUGUGAAUACGACCCUGCUGGUAACAUUGUUAGCGAUGACAACCAGUACUUUAUUGACAAUGUCGAGUGCUGAGGGGAUCAUCGACAUCUUUCCUCCUUUAAAUGCAAUAGAUCUGUUUUGGUAUCUCGAAUCCAAAAAUUGAUACAUUCAUCUC